AUCUUGCGGCACAUCUUCACAAAUAUCCACACAAAAAGCUAACAGGCUUCCCAUUCCCUCGCCUAUAAUUGAUAUGCAGGCUGCGUUUGUGAUAACAAUGAAGUCUACUUUAGGUUUUUCCGGUUGCGGAGUGCCACUCUGCGACCAGAAGAGGGCAUCUCAAGUCCUGAAACCGAGCACCGGCGAGCUCCGUAAUAAUCUAACACCAACAUCAUUCCUGUUGCUGUACAAUUGAUUUAUUUUUAAUGCGACGGUUAACGGCUCUAAUCCACAGCAGCCUGCUUCUUUUCCCCUCACUCUCUCUCCACUGUCCACGCCUGAAGCGGGAUAUAACCAACUUAUCGGCUUUGGACCACAGUUUAUCCCUCUCAGAUUUCUUCACUUGGUCGUUUUCCAGUGUUUUUUCUCCCCGUCUCUCUCGCUCUGCCACUUAACCUAGAUUCAACAAUUGGCGACUCGGUGUUUAGACUGUUUUUUUAAUAGCCUCCCACGACAGGCGCUAAACUGUCACUCUCAUGAGGAUACGAGCUUGAGCGCAUCCAUCCGAGGGCUUUCGGGAGAAAAAAAAUACGCGUUAUCGAGCUGAUGUUGUGCGGUAAUGUAGGAAACUACAGACAGGGAGGCUGAUGCACACCUUUUGGAGCUGCUCUCAUCUCCGACAGGUGUGCGAUUGCAAGUAGAGCGGAUCCGGCUUCGGCGCAAAGUGUCCGUUUUAUCCGCGCAGACGGGCGUCCUGGUUAAGUGUCCAACUAUUUGGGCAAAACGCCGAGUGCGUCUAAACAUGUGCACCGGAGACGCAUGCAACAGAGAUCCCUGAGCAAGAGGAAGAGCCGACACCGAGCAAAUAUGGGACUUUUUGUGCUUUUCAGAUGGCUUGUGUUCACUGUGGUGGUGCCCUCCUGGCUGCUUGCUGUUCCAAGCGGCAUCCGUGAGCGUCCCUGCCCCCAGAGCUGUCGAUGUGAUGGGAAAAUAAUAUACUGCGAGUCCAAUGCCUUCCGUGACGUGCCAAACAACGUGUCUGUCGGCACACAGGGCCUGUCUUUGCGUUAUAACAGCCUGGUGACCCUUAGAGCCCACCAGUUUGCGGGCCUCAGUCAACUAGUUUGGCUUUAUCUUGACCACAACUACAUCAAUGCCGUGGAUGGCCAGGCUUUCCACGGGAUAAGGAGGCUCAAAGAACUGAUUCUCAGCUCCAAUAAGAUCACACAGCUGAAAAACAACACUUUCCACGACGUCCCGAAUUUGCGUAAUCUAGACCUUUCCUACAACAAACUGCAGGUCCUCCAGCCUAAUCAGUUCUGGGGUUUACGGAAGCUACUCAGUUUACACUUGAGGUCAAACUCCCUAAAAACAGUCCCGAUGCGCGUUUUCCUCGACUGCCGUAACCUGGAGUUUCUCGAUAUUGGCUACAACAGGUUGAGAAGCCUCACACGUAAUGCCUUUGCAGGACUCCUGAAGCUCAUCGAGCUCCAUUUGGAGCACAACCAGUUUUCUAAGAUAAAUUUCGCUCAUUUCCCUCGCCUGACUAACCUGCGGGCUCUCUAUCUGCAGUGGAACCGCAUCAAACUGCUAACGCAGGGCCUGCCAUGGAUGUGGACUUCCUUGCAGAAGUUGGACCUCUCAGGAAAUGAGCUCCAAGUGUUGGAUCCAAGCACAUUUCAAUGCCUGCCUAACCUUCAGACUCUCAACCUGGACUCCAACAAGCUCACUAAUGUCUCUCAGCAGACAGUGGAUGCUUGGAUCUCCCUCACAACCAUCAGUUUGGCCGGUAAUUUGUGGUACUGUAACCCCAACGUUUGCCCUCUGGUGUCCUGGCUCAAAGCCUUCAAGGGUAACAAGGAGUUUACAAUGAUAUGUACCAGCCCUAAGGAGGCACAAGGAGAGAAAGUUACAGAUGUGGUGGAGACCUACAACAUCUGUACUGCAACUCCGACCCCUAUCCCCUCAACGACAUUGCCCCUCACAACGGCGUUUCAGCCUGAGCUGAAACCUCUCCCCACGCAGUCUGCGGUGGAUAAAAAGCUAACCUGGAACAGGACAGCCUCUCCAACUCCUUCCGAGGCCUCCCCCACUAUCCCAUUACCAGACACCGAGUAUGUGUCCUUCCACAAGAUCAUAGCCGGUAGCGUGGCCCUCUUCUUAUCUGUGGCUAUAAUUCUGCUGGUUAUCUAUGUGUCGUGGAAGCGCUAUCCCAGCAGCAUCAAACAGCUUCAGCAGCGCUCUGCGGUUAAGAAGCGCCAGAAAAAGGCACGGGAGACCGAGCGCUCCUUUAAUUCACCACUGCAAGAGUACUAUGUGGACUACAAGCCUUCACACUCAGAGACUAUGGAUGUGCUGGUUAAUGGGACAGGACCUUACACAUACACCAUCUCAGGCUCCAGGGAAUGUGAGGUAUGACCGUUGCCCUCCAAAAAUCCAUUUCCACUGCGAGGCAUAAGAGAUUCAUCACCCGUCGUGCUCAUCAGCAGUGCUGGUUCUGUUUCAUUCCCGUUCUCCAGUCUGCCUAGAACCCUAGGACUACACACUCACCUUCUCCUCAGCCUGCCCUCCAGCCCGUACUUCAACUCCCCUGACACCUUGGAACCUGGACCAGCUUUCCCACACUCUCAACCAUCCCUGGGACACUCCCACAGCAACCCCUUCCCUGCCUAAUAGCCGGUGUUUUCAAGUAAGCACAAGACUCUCCACUAGUACCACUCACCUCUGUCCUUUAAUUGUUUCCCAUUCAGUAAAACCCUGUGUUUGCUGAAGUUCCCGCCCGUGUUCUCUUUGUGUUCAACGUCUGUUUCGCCGCCCUCGGGCCUCCCUCAGUUCCUGCGAAUAAUUUCUGUUAGACCCAGUCUUGCUUAAGUUCCUUUUCCUUUCAAUAAAUUGUAUAUAGUUCGAGCAAUUGAGUUUGCUCUUGAGUCCACUGCAUCCUUGUUUGUGACAGUGCUUGCUAAAAAGGGGUUGUCUGAUUGUUGGGGUUUUUCUCUGUGUUACUGUAGGGUCUUUAGCUUACAAUAUAGUCCAUUGAGGUGACUGCUGUUGUGAUUUGGUGCCAUAUAAAUAAGAUUUAAUUGAAAUUAUUGUUAUCUCCUUGUUUCCAUAUUAUUACUACAUUAUUCCUAGCCUGUAAUAGGAAGUGCUGCCAACAUUUUAAAUAUAUUCAUACCAAUAUGUAUUUUGUUGAAAUAUAUAUUCUUAUAUUCGAUUAUUAAUAACAUAAUUAUAGCACAAUGAAGGAACAUUGGGAAUUUAAUGUCUUGCUAACCACUGUACGCAUCAUAAUUGACAUUAACAGGGUUUGUGUGGGUACAGUAUUAAUCAUCCGCACCUACAUUUGCCUCAGUGUCUGAUCUUUAAGAGCAUUGUAUGGAAUAAACAACACAUCUACAGUACAUUCACAUUGCUAGCACUAUUCUUUUUGCCUUUAACCUCUGACAUUGUGCUGUUUAACAGCACAACAUGUGGCAUGCCUCAUUAUGUAAAUUGUUUCCACGGUCACUAAUAGUGUCUUUUCUUUGCAACAAUAAACUUAGUGCACGUACACAUACAUGUAAAUGCUUGUCUGAAAUUAUACGCUUCCUACGUUACACACAUGAAUGUCAUUGCAUACACAUCUUUGUCACACAUACACAGAACCCAGGUUAGACACAUUGAUGACUCUCACACUGUAGGUGUGAGCGAGCAUGACUAAGUGUGUGUCUGCAGUGGGCUGCUGUUUGUCCACACUUUUUUUCAGCCUUCCGCCCAAAGCACACUGGGACAGGCUCCAGCCACUGGACACGGAUGAGACUUACAAUGCAGCACAAUGAAAACAGAUGUUUACUGUCGCUGUGAAAUGGUAGUGAUGUCCAAGCUGUACAAUGCAAUGUUGAGGAGUAAAACAUGGACAGGGGAGAGCAGUGUGGCACAGAUAUAAAUUAAUGUUGAUAAAUCACUGAGUAUAACCUUGAUUGAUGCACAGUGGAAUGCAGCUAAAAAGGUAACUGGGCAGAUUCACUAAAUGGUUGAAAUACGUAAAAAGAGAUUUUGGUGUGCACCACUGCGUGCUGCUCAGUGCUUUGUACAUGAAAUUGGCUUUAUAAGGUUGGUGGUGAUCGAUCUGAAGAUGAAUAGAAACCGAAAUGGUAGCCAAAUGUCUGCUCUGUCUGAGAAAGCGAAGAUGAAAACAUUUGUGUACUGUGUCCAUCAUCUCCUGCCGUGCCCACGCUUCUUCACACAGCUCAGUCAUGAAAGUGAAGCGCGGCCAGCAGAAAAAAAGAAACUGUACCUCUUUGUUAAUGGGGCUUUUCUUUGAACUGAGCUAGCAGAAUUUACUUAUUGCAAGCAAGCGUGAGAUCGUCGGAAUGGUGUAUCUGAGGAUAUAGCCUUAAGUUCCAUUUGAAUAAUAUAUAAGCCACAUAAAAGGUUGAUGACAAUGUCAGGUGUAAAUGGGGUACGUCUGUCUGCACAGCUGAGGAGAAAGGAAUCUGUUGCUGACACCAAAAUAUUCAUCAGAGAUUCAACUGAUGGUGAUAAAGCUUUAGGCUUGGCUUUUAUACAACAGGACUCGAGAAAAGAUGAGUCAGUCCACUUCUUUUGUAUUUUUCACCUUUGCUAAACAUACUGGAGCUCAUGAAGAGCCAAGAGCGCUGGGCUAAUUAGUCUUUUUGAAAUGAUUGAUAUGAAGGUUGUGGACACAUGCCAAAUGAGUAAAGCCUAGGAUGACUCAUGAGCUUGGAUUUUGCCUUUAAGUUUUAUGCAUUGUUGCACAGUACAAACAUGUGAGAUACUCAAACAAACUGUUUUUGACUUUACAGAGUCCUUGAUGGCAUGCAGGGCUUACUUUAUUAUGAUGGCUCAUGCAGAGAUAAACAGAGUGUGGAAUUUUAUAUAUAUAUGUGUAUAUAGUGAUUCUCCCUUAAGACAGUCUGGGGGAGUUUGUUAAAUAAAAAUGUCUAUGCAUUUAUCAUAUUAAGGCAAGUUAGCCCAGAAAUAAAGCCAGUUGCGUUCUGUUAUUUUUCCACAUAUAAAUGAAUAAAUUCAUUUUGCAGACCUGUGUGCCCUCUGCAAGAUGGCACUAAAUACAAAAUCGACCUUGAAAAAUUAAAAUCUCAAACUUUGUAAUGACAUUUUUUACAGUACUGUGUGAAAAUUUUCAUACAAAAAAGGAAAUAGGUGCAGUGAUUUACUGAAAUAUGCAAACAUAAGGUUACUUGUAAUUUCUUUAAGCAGUCUUCAGGAAUAGUUCUGCUGGCUACUUGAAGGACAUUCAAAGCUUUUCUUUAGAUUUUUGACUGCCUUCUGUUUCAUUCUCUGCCAACAUUAUCCCACACUGCCUCAAUAAUGUUGAGGACUGGGCUCCGGGGAGACCAAUCCAUGACCGCAUUCAGAAUUCCAUCAAUUUUGACAAUGCAGCCCCAAACCAUGAUACCUGUCCUGACCACCUCUGUACACACUGAUGACAAUUUCAACUACAUCCGACCUGUUGAUAUUUAUUUUUAGUCCAGUUCUUGUGUGAUGCAGCGUACCUCAGCUUGACCAUUUAUGGUCUCAAGUGAACUGUAGAUAAUAAUAAUAAUAAUAAUGGAUUGGAUUUAUAUAGCGCUUUUCAAGGCACCCAAAGCGCUUUACAAUACCACUAUUCAUUCACUCUCACAUUCAUACACUGGUGGAGGCAAGCUACAGUUUAGAUCAGCCAGAUGCAUCUCUCAGAUCCCGUAUAAGGUUUCUUCUGGAUUUUUUCCAAUUUCUAAGGACAGGACUGCCAAAUAUUUUUCAUCUGCUCUAGAUAGUUUUCAGCCCUGUCACUUUUACUUUUAUCUACCAAGUGUCCAGUUUCCUUAACAUUUUUUAAAGGGCACACUCCGCACCAUGCUGAUAUAUUCCAAGCUUUUGAUUAAUUUUCAAAGAAAAACUUUGAGAGACAUUCAGAAAACCUGGAGAACUACUCCUCAGGACCACUUUAAAAAAAAUUAUAAGACAGUCUGACUCCUCGGAAGCCAAAUAUAAAGAAAUGAAGGGGGGAUGAACUUUUGCACAGUACUGUGGAUUAUAUAACAGUUUUCUGUGCAGUCUGGUAUUAAAUAUAACAAAUGAUUUUAAGAUGAAAUUUAGUUUAAUAAGCCUUCAUUGACCAUUGAGUGUUAUUGGUUUAAUGAGCUGGUCAGUGGUAAAGUGACUGCUGUGGACAUAUGAGCAGAUAUUGUGAAAUUAUCUUGGUUUAGAUGAAGUCUAAUAUAGGAAUUUACAUAGCAUGUAGUGACAUACAGUAGCAAAAACAUCCGGGACUCAGACCUUUUUGAGUUAAAUUUGGCCGCUGUCAUCUUCGACCAGUAGCUGCUCUGCUACAAACACUCCUGCUACUAGGAAUUUCUGUUGUAACCACCUGGACGUGCACUUGAUUACUGGAAGUCUCAAAUGUGUCAUGUCUCCACCAUAAUUUGUGUUUCAGCAAAAAAGAAAAAAACUGCUAGGAGACAAAUUUGGCAAGUGGGGUGUGAAGUGAUCGACAGUCAUGCUCCUGCUGGUGCUGCUGACCUGGUCCUUCUCCUUCAGGCUUAGGCAUGGUAAACUCUUAACUAAAGCCUGCUGUUUAGUCCGUGGUUUGUAUCCAGAGAUCCAGCUUUCAUUAGCAGUGGCCGUGGCAACAAGAAAGUUGGGUUGGUCUGAUACAGAAGUACAUGUUUAAUGUCUGGACUAGUUUGGGAGCCAUUUGUGACAUCUUAAAUGCACAUACAGAUGAUAUUGUGGAGAAAUCAUUCAAAGAUACAUCUGGUAAGGUUUUUGUCUCUGAGGUCCGAGAAUUUCUCCAGUGCAACUUGUGGUCUAAAGCAACAUCUCCCUCUCCUCAUAUUCAACCGCUUGUGGCAGAUGGCUGCCCCUCCCUGGUUCUGCCAGAUGUUUCUUCCUAUUAAAAGGGAGUUUUUCCUUGUCACUGUUGCCAAGUGCUAGCUCACAGGGGGUCAUCUGAUUGUUGGGUCUUUAUCUUAAGAUAUAAAGCACCUUAAAGCAACUGCUGCUGUGAUUUGAUGCUAGAUAAAUAAAACGUGAAAUUACACCUAACAAUGUUUUAGGUUGUAACCUGGAGAAGCUGGGUUAUGAACUUUUUUACACAUAUUGUAUUUCCUUGUCAGUGAGGCAGUUUAACACUUAAAGUGAAUAAUUCCAAUGCAAAAGCAAAGUUUGGCCAAGGUAGUUAGAGUGCUGUGCUGGGAAUUCUCUAGAAGCUGUCUCCUUCAGUUGUCAUUGUUCUGUUGCUAUAUUUAUUCCAGCACUGAGUCUGAAUGGAGGCAGUUAUAGGGUUUGCCACCUCUGUGUGAUUACUUAAACACAACAUUCAGCUUAGUCCGCUCUCCAUUCUGCAGUUUUCCUCAGUGCUGUAGAGCAUUUUAUCGUCUUUACGCUCUGUUCUUUUGGGGAAUUUGAAGCUUGCAGCUAGCUUUAAUUUUUUUGGUCCAUGCUCUGCCUCUAGCAUGAACCUGAUUUGCUUCUCUGUACAUAUAUAAUACUCCAAAAGUUACAGAUGGAAAUAUUUUAAAAGGAAAGUAUUUCCUUACAUGUAGUAAAAUACUCCCUUGCUUUAGAUACUAGCUUUUCGUGUGCGACUUACUAUAAGCACUUGUACUACUACUCGUGUAACAUCUGGGCAGCUUGUUUCUCAAACCAGUAAUCUCUUCUUAGUGCUUCUUGAGCAUCUUUACAUGUGCUAUGCUCCGUGUUAAUCACUGUGCACAUAUCAUUUGUUUACACCAACAUACAUACAUAUGUAUUGAGCUGGCUCGAUGACCAAACAAGUGUACUGUAUGGUCAAUAUAAGCUUCACAGUCGACACUGUGCAGAGGAGAUGACAGGAUAAUUACAGGUAUGUACGGUUUGCUGAUAGCACAGUGGGAAAGGUCAAGGGGUCAGCAGAUCAAUAGAUUUCUUUCUGUCAGCCAUGUGAAUAUUCAUAACAAGGUCAGAGGUGAUCAUUUGUUCACACAGUGAAAGCAGUAAAUCAGUGGAUCAAAGAAUCAUCUUUAAUUCAUUGUUUCGUUAUCUGAUUCACAAUUCCUUUCAUUUCCCUCGCGGAUAAUGCAUCAGAUAAACAUGCAAAUGAUCACUAGUUUGCAUGCACAUAUUUAGGUAAUUUUUUUGUCCAGUAUCGGACAUCCUAAAAUCUUUUAUUUAACCUUAUCCCAUUAGGCUGUACUCCUUCCUUUUCUUAGCUAUUUACUGUAUACUCUCCGAUUCUCUGAUUUUAUUUGGUGUAUCUGGUUAGCCUUUCUAAGGUACACAGGAAAAAGAAAACAUUUCAGAGAGGCCUUUUUUCCCAGGGUAAGGACUAACAAUCUCACUGCCCUAUAAAAUGAGAUCUGUGCCCUUAUUUGCACCAAGGCCCCACAGCACAAUCUCACCACGAGGAGAGAAAACGCCACAAGGCUGGCAGAUCGCAUCCAUGGGCAAGAGGUUCAAUUACUUCAGUUGUCAUGGAGCAAUAAAUGACAAAUUAAGUGGCUGGCACUGAACACUGCUUGAAGGAGGCUGUGUCAGAAUUCUAAUGUCAGCUGUGUCUGACAGUGGGUAAAGAGAUAGACAGCGAGAAAGAAAAAAACCUUAAAGUUUGGCAAAGGAGAAAAACAGACAACUGUUUUUCAGCAGGAUAGAUUUUCCUUGACCUUGAUUCACGAUAUUAGGCGUGUUGGCUGCUUGAAAGAUGGUUCAUGGAUGUUUUAAUUGCUUUUUAAAAGACCUUCGUGUUAUUUAUAGGUCCAGUAAACAGCAGGGUGUAUUGUUUGGCUGUGUUCAUUUAGUCUAACAUCUUUAUCUGAUUAUAUCCUUUUCAGAUGCCCGUGAUCUUUGCUACGACAGACUGGAACAGGCAUUGUAAUCCUGUAAUUAAUAGAGUCUGCAUAGAGAAUUUAGACACCGGCCUAAUGCAAGUUCUCUGUAGUGCCAGUUUUCAUCACGCUGCAAAUCUCAAUAACUCUAAAGCCACACUAGCAGCAUUGUGAAGCUUUAAUGAACGUACACACUGAGAAACAAAAUCUGUGGAUAUUAAAUGGAGACAUUGUGCCACUCUCCGUGUGUUACUACUGUUAGGUGAUACAUGUAAAGAUUGGCCUAAUGGCCGUGUUGUAUGAACCAGACAUGAAAGCAGCCCACAUUAUUUCAUUAGAUGUCAAUGCAAAACAGAAGACGUUGUCUUAAUAGUGUAUUAAUGGAUGACAGAGAGUAUAUAUAUAUAUGGAGAUGUAGGUGACCCACACCUACCCCACAUUUGCCUUAUUGGUUCAAGAGAAGGAAAAGAAACACCCCCCUUUGUGAUAUUCUACUGCUAGCUAUGAACUACAAGCCAAGUACGUGUUUAUAUGAGUUAUUGCAAAUUACCUUCAACUACGCUACACUUAGCAGCAAGCACCUGACCAAACAGCAAAUGUGAGAUCAUGAUUUACUUUCUUUGAAACUGCUGAACCCUCAACCUUUGGCAACCACUUUUGAUCACAAGGCGACUGCAUAGGUCAACAUGGGUUGAUUGGAAUCGCUCUCAGAUUAGCAAAGGCUUGCCAUCCAAUUUAUAAAUGCAGAUAGACUGCCAACUCACUGCAAUGAGUCUGAGUCAUUUUGCUGCAAUGGGGGCAACUUGUCUGUUUGCAGUACAGGAACUGACUCAACUCGUAGCCAACUGGUUGCAUUCUGGUUAUUUUCCUUUGUAAAAGCAAGGCUGCCUGCAAAGCGCUUGUGUCAACAGCUACGUGAUGAAGUUGUAUCUGAAGGUGAAUUUCCAUUUAAUGUGAUGUAGAUGGCAAUGGCUUUGCAAUGGAUUUUCAACAGAUGGCAGCAGAUUUGCAAGUUAACUGAACUGUAUCAUAAACAGAUUACAUGCAAACCAAUGUGACCUAAUUCAGUCAGAAACUGGUGGCAACCUGACUCUGUUUUAUUGGGAUUUAAUUGGUGUUUUAUCACACCAAAGUUGCGCAGACCUGGUGCCCAUUUUUGAAGCAACCAUUUCAAACCCAACAAGCCGGCCGGUUCAGUGCACACAGCUGCAAUAAAUUUUGUUUGCACUGCAGCCUCCAAUCACUGUUUCUCUAGUGUGUAGCAUUAGCUGUUAAAUGCUAAAGACUUAACAUUUCUAUUGCCUUCCAUCAGGUAACAUUGGGUUAAAUUUGGUUAGUCCGUGUUCUACUUCAGUAGAACUUGAUUGUUCUACUUGAAAUGUCAUUUGCAUUUAGACAAACAGAAAUGGCUAAAAUCUGGUUUAUAAAUAUUGGCUGAAGGAUUUAACUGAAGUGGCCAUCUAAACAGUUCAUUCAAUAAUACAAUAAAGUGAAUGUAAUGAUUUAAUAGAUUAGUCUAAAUAUAGGCUUUAGUCAGACAGACUGGACAAUAUCUUCAGAGGUGUGAAAAAAUCUUUGCCCCCUUUCAGAAUUCCUAUUUUUUUCUUUGUAUGUUUGUCAAUAUUAGACAAAGAUAACACAAGUAAACAAAAUGCAGUUUCUAAAUGAAGGUAUUUAUGAUUAAGGGAAAAGAAAUCCAAACCUAUUUGGCCCUGUCUAAAAAAAGUGAUUGCCCCCUAAACCUAAUAACUGGUCGGGCCACCCUUAGCAGCAAAAACUGCAAACAAGUGUUUGUGAUAACU